AUGCUGUGUCAGGCCCUUCGCAGAUUUGGUCAAAAACUAGUACGCAGACUUACACUGAAGAAAGAGAGGGCUGAGACUGCCCCCGCUGGAAGACUGACCACACUGGAUUUAGUGGCCCUUGGUGUGUGCUGCACAAUCGGUGUAGUUGCAUAUGUCAUAGCUAGUGAGGUGGCUCGAGAUCAAGCAGGACCAUCCAUUGUGAUCUGCUUUUUGGUGGCAGGCCUAUCUUCUAUGUUGACUGGGCUGUGCUAUGCAGAGUUUGGUGUCCGGGUUCCUCAUGCUGGCUCUGCAUAUCUCUACACCUAUAUCACUAUAGGUGAACUCUGGGCUUUCAUCAUUGGUUGGAUCUUCAUCUUCUCCAAUGUUGCUGGUACAGCCACUGUGCUCUUUGCCUGGCUCUUAACUUUUGACAACCUCUUUGGGAACCAGAUCUCUCAGACCCUGCGUGAAAGCAUCUUACUGCAUAUUCCUCAGGUGCUUGCAGAGAUUCUAGGCUUCUUUGUUGUGGGCCUUUUGUUGUUACUUGUCAGAUUGCUGACCUUGAGGGCUAGGGAGUUGGUAAUGUUUACCAAAGUGGUCACAUUGGUGAACCUUUUGGUUCUCGGUUUUUUCAUCCUCUCUGGUUUCAUUAAGGGGGACCUGCACAACUGGAAGCUCACAGAAGAGGACUACAUAAAGGCUGGACUCAAUAACACCUCUAGCUUGGGUCCUCUGGGCUCUGGAGGAUUCGUGCCUUUUGGCUUGCAGGGGAUUCUCCUUGGAUCAGCUAACUGUUUCUAUGCUUUUAUAGGUUUUGACAACAUUGUUACCAGAGUUAAAGAAGCACAGAAUCCCCAGCGUUCUAUCCCCAUGGGCAUUGUGAUUUCAUUGCUCAUCUGCAUUUUGGUGUAUUUUGGUGUCUCUGCAUCACUUACACUUAUGGUGCCUUACUACCAGCUCCGACCUGGGAGCACCUUGCCUGAGGCAUUUUUCCAUAUUGGCUGGGCCCCUGCCUACUAUGUUGUAGCUUUUGGAUUCCUAUGUAAUCUUUCUGCCAGUCUCUUGGGUUAUAUGUUUCCCAUAAGCCAGCUGAUAUACACGAUGGCACAGGAUGGCCUCCUCUUCCCUGUCCUUGCCAGGAUCCAAACUGGCACAUAUGUUCCCAUCGUGGCCACUGUGAUCUUUGGCAUUAUUGCAGCAAUCAUGGCAUUCUUUUUGGGACUCACUGAUCUUCUACACCUCAAGUCAAUUGGGACCCUGCUAGCUUACUCCCUAGUGGCUUUUUGUGUUCUUAUAGUCAGGUAUCAGCCUGAGAGGAAGAAUGGGGGAAGUGAAGAUCAGAUGAAGGAAGAGCAUGAUGGAAAUGGAGCACAGAUGCAGGAGGAGAAUGGAUCUACAGCAGAGAAGCUGACUCUACACCAAUUAUUUUUUCCAGGCAGCUCCACCCCCACUGCACUCUCUGGAUGGGUUGUCUCUGUUUGCUCCUCACUGCUUGCUCUACUGCUGACUCUGCUCUGCCUGGUGCUGACCCAGUGGCCAGGUCUGCUUUCUCGAGACCCAGUCUGGAUCACAGUGGUUGUGCUGCUCCUGGUGCUCAUCACUGGGAUCACUGGGGUCAUCUGGAGACAACCACAGAGCCCCUCUCCCCUUCACUUUAAGGUACCUGGUCUGCCUCUCCUCCCAAUCCUGAGCAUCUUUCUGAAUGUUUACCUUAUGAUACAGAUGAGAGCUAGCACCUGGGCCCUACUUGGUGUCUGGAUGCUGAUUGGGUUUGUUAUCUACUUCACAUAUGGGAUCCAUCACAGCCUGGUUGCAUAG